AUGGAACAAAAUAUUAAAACUCUGUUUUUAAUUAAAAUUUCGGCUCUUAUUCUUUUUACUUGGUUAUGCUAUUUUAUGAAUGAUAUGCAUGGGUUUAUUAGUUCUGAGGAUGAGAGCUUUACUAUUGGUAGAAAUUUAUGUAAAAGCAUCAAUAGAUUACUAGCUGAAUAUAAACAGGGAGAGUGUUCAAAUAUUGUAAUAUUAAAAGAGGAUAUACCAAAUUAUAAACAUUGUGAAAAGAAAGAUCAAUCUAAUAUUAAAAAAGAGGAAAUUCGAAAAAGUGAAAUAACUAAUAAUUCAUUAAAUAAGGAGUUAUUCUAUACACAAGUUACCGAUUGUAGUAAGGGAAAGUUUGAUAGAAAAUAUUUCCAUUUUGAAAAAAAAUGGGUUGAUAAAAGCGAUUAUGAAGUCUUUCAAGAACAAAAUAGAAGAACUCAUGAUGCAGAUUUUAAAAAAAUAAAAUUUAGAAGUUACGCAUAUGCAGUUGUUUUUUUUUUUGUUUUUUUUUUGUUUGGAAUAGGAUAUCCCAUAUUACAAGGAUUAGGUCAUUUAAGAAAAUUACAGAAUAAUCUUUCAGGAAUACUAGCUAUGAUAAUGGAAGAAAAAACUGCUUUAUUAGAACCCUUUGUUUGUUCAAUCUUUUUUGGAGUACUUAUCAUUAUAUUAGCUAUCAUAAUUAUAAUAACUAUUCCUAAAAUUUUAAUAAAUAAUGAAAAAUAUAAUAAAUUAAAGUUGAUAGAUACACAAAAAGAAUAA